UUGUCAUACCAAACAUACCUUAAGUUUGUUUUGGUCACAAAAAAAACUUGAACUUUGUUGUCUUCUCUCAAACAUCACACACACAAACAAACUUCCUCUCACAAAUGGAAACUACACAAGAGCAACCAUCUAAACCCAACAACAUCGACGAUGAAGAAGACGAAGAAGAAGAAGAAGAAGAAGAAUACGAAGACGAAAACGACGACGAAAUCGACGAAGAACCAAAUCAACAAACCCUAAAAUCAAAACUACGCAAUCAACGUUUCAAAGUAGAAACAUUUUCCCGUCGAUUAGCCUCCGAACAAGUUCCAAUUCGAGUCCACGAUGUUUUCAUAACCGGAAACACCAAAACCAAAGAUUGGAUAAUCGAAGCUGAACUCGAUGGAAUCGAGAAAGCCACUACAAUGCAGGAACUCAUGUACGCUUCGCAGAUUGCUGCUGCGAGGCUUCAACGGCUUGAGAUUUUUGAUUCGUGUAGGGUUAAGCUUGAAGCUGGACCGGAAGAAUUGCCGAAUACUGCAAAUGUUGUUGUUGAUGUUGUUGAGUCGGAGAGUAAGCUUACUGGUGGAUUUGGUGUUUAUGUGAAACCAUCGGUUAAGGCAUGGACUACAGAAGGAACUGUUAAGUACAAGAACCUUUUUGGUUAUGGUGAUCUAUGGGAUGCUUCUUUGGCUUAUGGCGGCAAGCAAGCGACAGAGGCGAGCUUUGGGGUAUAUGCUCCUCGUCUGAAAGGAUUGUUAACUCCACUUGUGGCACGGUUGUUCAUGCUUUCUCAAGAUUUGCAGGAGUUUUCUUCUUACAAAGAGCAAUUGUUAGGCAUGUCUCUUGACUUGAUAUCGACAAAGCACCAGGACUUGGUGUACACUCUUGGAUGGCGUACCUUAACAGAUCCAUCACAAAUGGCAUCAAGGUCUAUAAGGAGGCAGCUUGGGCAUGGGUUACUGUCGUCUUUGAAAUAUACAUUUAAAUAUGAUAGGAGAGAUUCACGUAUUAGGCCUACAAAAGGAUAUGCUUUUGUUUCCACAACUCAUUUUGGUGGUCUAGCACCGAAUCACCAGAGCUUGCGGUUUCUGCGCCAGGAGUUUGAUGUUCGCUUUGCUGUCCCUUUUGGAUUUUAUAAUACAGCACUGAACCUUGGCAUAUCUGCUGGGGCUGUUUUUCCAUGGGGCCAAGGGUUCAGGACUAAGCCAUCUCCCCUCCCCGAAAGGUUUUAUUUGGGUGGUGAUUUCUCUCCAGUUUGCACCCUAGGAGGACCAAGAACUUUAUGGGGAUUCAAAACUAGGGGAGUAGGUCCUACUGAACCGCGAAGGCAAAAAAGUGACGAAGAAAAUGAUGACACCCUUGACUUCAUUGGAGGUGAUCUUGCUGUGACUGCUUUUGCAGACCUAUCUUUUGAUCUUCCCAUUAGAUGGUUGAAAGAACAAGGAAUACAUGGACACAUUUUUGCUGGUUCUGGGAAUGCUGCUAAAUUAACUCAGAAUGAAUUCAGAAACUUUUCUCCUCGAAAGUUCUUAGAUUCCUUUCGGUUGUCUGCUGGAUGUGGAAUUGUUAUUCCUACUAGACUCUUCCGCCUAGAGGCUAACUAUUUCCACAUUCUUAGGAAGGAUGAGCAUGAUAAUGGGAAGACUGGAUUUAAGUUCAGCUUCUCAGCUCCUUUUGGCAGCUGAGUUCUCUUUCUUUUUUUCUUUCCUGGUUUUGUAGCUCUCUUGAAGCGUUAAAUUUUGUUUGUUGUCAUUGCAUGGACCGUACUUUAUUUUAAUCUCGAUUUAAUUUAAACUCUAACAAUAUUAGGAGAUGGGUGGGAAAAAGUUUAAGGAUGAGACUGAUAACACAUGAGAGAAAAAAAGUAGAAAGGAUUCAUUUUGAAGGGAUGUUGCUCCAUUGAGAAUCACAAGAUAUCAGCAGAUGCGCAUUGCAUGGCGAAGGUGUAUGGAAUUUGAAAAUGAUGCAUUGAUGUACUGCAUUCUGCAACCUUAGAAGGCCCUGAUUGCCACAGAGAAUAAAUAAAUGUUUUUUGCGACAAGAACUACACUCUUAUAUUGUUUGAGAUGACAUCCUUGUGGAGAUUGCCGAUAUUGUGUAGUGUUUUUCUUUCUAGGAAACUGUUUUAGUUUCAAGUAGUGUUGGGAUGAAUUGAAAAUAAUAUACGAUGAAAAGAAAAUCAUAUUAGGUUUCAUUAUUUGAAUUGUUUAAGUACAUUGUCAAUAUCACAAAGCUGGUUUUAUUUGGUUGUGAAA